AUGGCCAAGCCACUAAGCCUGAUCAUGUUAAUUGUGCCUUCCAUAUUCAUGGUUAUGCUCAUGCAAUGCUCAUCUUGUCCUGCUUAUCAGAAACAAUCACUUCUCCAGUUCAAAUCCUCUCUACUCACCACUCUCUUCAAUUCCUCAUACUCACCAUCUGAUAUAUUGAUUCUUCACCUAGAGUCAUGGAACUCCACUUCUGAUUGUUGUAAAUGGGAUAGAGUUGUUUGUGGCUUGCGUUCUCGUGACAUAACAGCUCUACACCUGGACUUUCUGUUCCUCAUGCCUCUUCAAGACCCCAUUGAAGUGAAUGCAAGAAUCUUGGACCCUGUUUUUCGCAUCAGAUCCUUAACGCUUCUUGAUAUCUCCGACAAUAGUAUACAAGGAGGAAUUUCAGGCAAAGGGUUGGCAAAUCUCACUAAACUAGUUGACCUCAACAUGGCAGGGAAUAGUUUCAAUGGCUCAAUUCCAGCAGAACUUUUUUCCUUGAAGUUUCUGCAACUUCUUGAUUUGAGUAGAAAUUCACUAGAAGGUGGUUUACGUAUUGAAGUUGGAAAGCUUGAAGAUUUAAGGACGUUGAACUUGGAUGAGAAUUUUCUUGAAGGAAAUAUUCCUGUACAGAUUGGAAAUCUGACAAAGCUGCAACAGCUUUCUAUUCGCCAGAACAAAUUUUCUGGGGGAAUCCCAGAUUCAAUUCUGAAUUUGAAGCGACUGGAAGUAAUAGAUUUGAGGAAUAAUCAAUUAGUGCUGCAAAUUCCUAGUGAGAUUGGAACUUUGUCCUACAUAUCUACUUUGGCAUUGAGCAAGAACAGUUUCACUGGUGCCAUACCGCGUUCUAUAUUCAACUUGAGCAAACUAGAAACCCUUCGGCUAGAUGAUAACAAGCUUUCUGGAGAAAUUCCUACCUGGUUAUUUGAAAUGUGGAGGAUUAAGAAUUUGGGUCUUGGAGGAAAUAACAUGAAUUGGAAUAAUAAUGCCAGAAUUGUUCCUAAGUUUAGGCUUUCUCAACUCUUUCUCAGAUCAUGUAAAAUAGCUGGAGAAAUUCCAGAAUGGAUUUCCACUCAAAAGAAUAUCAAUCUGCUUGAACUGAGUGACAAUCAGCUCACAGGAAGAUUCCCAAUUUGGCUUGCUGAGAUGGAAGUUGAGAGUAUACUGCUGUCGGAUAAUAUGCUUAAUGGUUCUAUCCCAUCUCACCUCUUUCAAUCUCUAAGUUUAUCAUUUUUGGAUCUGUCAAGAAACAAUUUUUCAGGGAAGCUGCCUGAAAAUAUAGGUGAUGCAAAUCAGAUCCUUUUUCUUAUGCUUUCUGGGAACCAUUUUUCGGGACCCAUUCCGAAAUCUAUUGCAAAAAUGCGUCGACUCUUUCUACUGGACUUGUCAAGAAACAGAUUCUCUGGCAAUACAUUCCCAGUAUUUGACCCUGAUGACAUACUUACUUAUGUUGAUCUUUCAUCUAAUGAACUAUCGGGUGAAAUACCCGUUUCAUUUUGUAAAGAAACAAAAAUUCUUGCACUUCAGGAAAACAAGUUCUCUGGAAAUUUGCCAAGGAACCUGACACAUAUGAAUCAGCUUGAACAGCUUUAUCUCCAUGACAACAACAUUACUGGUAAAUUCCCCAAAUUUCUUUCCCAAAUAUCGACCCUUCAAGUACUGACUCUGCGUAACAACUCUCUACAUGGUUCACUACCAUCCAACUCAUUUUCCAACAAAAGUUGCCUCAGAAUUCUUGAUCUCUCAAACAACAAUCUUGUUGGGAGUAUACCCUCAGAGUUGGGCAAUCUGAACGGAAUGACUGAAGUUCAUUUUACACCUUCACUAUUAACUGUUUUUUCCACAUCCUCAAUCGAGCUCAAUGACUUAUUUGUGAACUGGAAGACGGAAAAUCACUUAAUAGUGAACUGGAAGAAGGUAAUUCAAGACCUCUCAGGUCAUAGCUUUGAUAUCUAUUCUUUGUUGGACUUGUCAAAGAACAAGCUUUCUGGUGAUAUUCCGGCUUCCUUGGGAAAUCUAAAGGAACUGAAGCAACUUAACAUCUCCAACAACAGAAUCGCGGGAAAUAUACCACAAAGCUUUGGAGACUUGGAGAGUAUAGAGACAUUGGACUUAUCAAACAACAUCAUCUCUGGUGUGAUUCCAGAAUCAUUUGGGAAGCUAACUCAACUAUCUGUACUAGAUGUGAGUAACAACAAACUAUGUGGUAUAAUCCCGCGAGGCCGACAAAUGGACACAAUGAAUGUUCUGAGCUAUUUUGCAAACAACAGUGGCUUAUGUGGGAUGCAAAUUGGGGUGACAUGUUCAAGAGAUGAGCCAACACCGGAAACAAGAGAACAGGAUGAUACUAGUGGACUUGAUACAUGGUUCUUGUGGGCAGGAAUUUGGAUUGGAUUCCCACUUGGUUUCAUUCUAUCAGUUUUCGUGAUAUUUGUUAGCGGGUACUUUUAUCUACCACCCACACCAAAGUACUACUCAAUUCAGUAUAGGCACAGAGUAUAG